GGUAUGUAAUUGCCCAGGUCCCAACCAAGACCACACAGUUUGGUGGGAGAGCAGUGUGAGAACCUGGACCAUCGAACCCAGUCAGAGCCUCAGAAUCAGGAAGGAAAAACCACGUUGGAGUGGUGUCUGCUUACUGACCAAGAGAGUUGCUGACCUUGGCUUCAGCCUUGGAGCUACUGAGGGUACUAGUCACCCAGCUGCUCUGCGAUCGCCUGAAGGAGUGAAGGAAGCCCCUCUGGACACCUGCCUGCAACAGGAGCCCCUCAGCUUCCCAGCAGGAAGGACCCCAAAGGUGCGCACCCUCAGCCCAGGACAGAGACCCUGCAGCCCAGCCUCGUGAGAAACCCAGCUCAGUGCAGCCCCAAUGGCAGUGGCCGCAGCCCUGGCUGGCCUCCAGGCAGAAGCCAAGUGUCCCGUCUGCCUGGACGGCCUGCACGACCCUGUCACCAUCGAAUGCGGGCACAACUUCUGCCGCCGCUGCAUCCAGCGGUCCUGGGCUGAGCUGGAGGACACGUUCCCUUGUCCUGUGUGCCGCCACUCGUGCCAGGAGCCGCACGUGAGGAGCAACACCCAGCUGGGCAGGAUGAUCGAGGUGGCCAGGCUGCUCCACAGCAGCAGGAGCAGCAGCAGGAGGAGCCAGCAGUGUCCCCCGUGCGAGCGGCACGACCAGGUCCUGAGCCUCUUCUGUGAGGAUGACCUGGAGGUGCUGUGUGCCCUGUGCGCGCAGACCCCUAAGCACCGGAGCCAUGUGCUGAGGCCCCUGGCCGAGGCCGCCGCUGACCACCGCCAGAGGCUGGGCGGUUACGUGGGGCCUCUGAAGAGGCAGGUGGCGGAAGCCCAGGGUCUGCUGGUAGCCCAGGACAGAAAGGUGCUGGAGCUGCGGGAGCACGUGCAGCGUCAGCGGCUGGAGCUGGCCUCGGAUUUCGCGCAGCUCAACCGGGCUGUGGACCGCGAGCAGGAGGCCGCCCUGGCCAGGCUGGUCCAGGAGGAGCACACCAUCCACGAGCAGCUGGGCGCCAACAUCGCGGCCUUCUCAGACCACAUCUGGGAGCUCCGCGGCCUCCUGCAGGAGGUGACAGAGCGGAGCGUGCUGCCAGGGGCCCAGCUGCUGAGAGGCAUCGGGCCCGUCCUGGGCAGGUGCGAGAGCCUCAAGUGCCCUGAGGUCUACUCCUUCCAGCUGCGGCGGGAAGGCUGCAGCCUCCCCGCGCAGCACUCAGCUCUGCAGAAGAUCAUUCAGAAGUUCACCGAGGACGUGAUCCUGGACCCCGAAAGCGCGCAUCCCGACCUGCUGGUGUCAGAGGAUAGAAAGUCUGCGACCUUAGCGAGGAAGAGGCAGGGGGUUCCCAGAGCUGGGAGGUCCGGGGCGGAGCCUGCAGUGCUGGGCCUGGGGGGCUUUGGGCGGGGCCGGCGGUACUGGGAGGCCCAGAGCCUGGCUCUUGGAGGACCCGAGAGGCUCCUGGACGUGGGCCGGCGCGAGGGGGCCUACGAGGCCCGCGGCCCCGCGGGCACUGUCCCUCUGGAGCUGAAGGAGGAUCCCGGCGGGAUUGGCGUCUAUCUGGAUUAUGAACUGGGAGUGAUUUCCUUCUACAGUUUCAAGGACAGGUCCCACAUCUACUCUUUCAGCGAUACCUUUUCCGAGGUGCUGAAGCCCUACUUCUCUAUCGGGUGCUCUUCUCAACCUCUUACCAUCUGCGCAGUAAGAGAUUACGGAGAGACAUCAGAGACUUUGCCUUCCUUCCUUCCUUCCUGA